ACAAUUUUUUCUUUUCAGAGGAGUUCUGAGUUGAUGAUAUCAUUAUUUUUUAUAUUGCCAUGAAUUUGAAAGUACACACCAAUCACAAGAUCCGAAUGGAGAACAAGCUAAUCACAGAUGUACCUGCUAAAAGAGAGAGCUCUCAAGAAGUGGCUCGUUGGUCUAGGGGUAUGAUUCUCGCUUAGGGUGCGAGAGGUCCCGGGUUCAAAUCCCGGACGAGCCCGCUCUUUUUUUUCCCCUUUUUUCCAUCUACACCGCGAUUGUUGGAUGAAACUUGAUUUCUCGAUAAUGAAAUGUUGCCGAAAUAUCUUGCUUCCUUCCUGCGUGACGUUCGUUUCGUAACGCACGAAUGUUUAGCGCUGCGUGCUUCGUGGGUGAGUAACAUGACGAACGUUAUCACCGAUGUUUUUACGCAAAUAUAAUUUAAGACGUAUAACGAAAACACUCGCGUUCGCCGAGAUCGAAUUCGAGAUAUCGCGGAGACGAAGUGUCGCUUCAUGUCGCAAUUCUCGUCAAAUUACAUCAUUAACCGAUCGCCUCGGGACUGUUUCCAUGGAUUAACGUCUUCCUCCUUCCGUUCAAUGUCGUUCCGAAACAAUGCAUAAUUAAAGUCAGAUAGUCAAUCGUUAUAAAUAGCGCGGCACGUAUCGCGCUUUAAUCGGCGCGAUCAUUGCUGUCUGCCUGCGAUAUUGAUUUUUAAUCGAGCUCCUCGAGCGAUGCGCAUCAGCUUGCACACGUGUCUCACCGUUUAAUGGAAUCUCUAAUGCGACAUUCCGAUUUUUUGCAGACUCAACUUCGUACGUCACCUACUAGAGGAAUGCGGAUGGUUUGUCACGCUGAGCCCGCGAUUCAAUUAAACGUCAAUUUCCACGUUUGAUCGAUUUAUUAUUUGUACUGCCAUGCCGGUUUGUUCGCCGGCAUUCUCCGUGAAUUCGUCAUCGCAAUUCAACCGCCGAGCAUAUGAUCCGACUAUUAUCGGGUUAUCAUGUUCGAUGCGACAGCAGGAAUACAAAUUCGAUAAGCACGCUGGUAUUUUUACACUUGAGCGUGAUUCGGAAAGCUUUAACUUUAGUUAAAAAAAAUUGAAACAUCGCGUCUGAACAUUCUCCGCUGAAAUCGGAUCGUGCGAACGACGACUGCAGGGAAUUAAAAAUCAUUAAAAUGUGUAAUAAACAUUUUAAUAUGCAACGGCUGUCUAUCUGAGAUAGUUGAUUGUGCCACACGCCUGUUUUCGACGAUAUCUCACGCUACGCUUAUUUUUGCAGAGAACAUUGUAUAAUAAUUUGCUGCCAUCACGGCGUUCGCACGAGUGGAAUCAUCUCUAAUCAUCCUUGCAACGAUAUCCCUCUUCUGGAAGAGUUUAUUGAUUCUUUUAUUCUUUUCUGCGAAAACGCAAUUUUUCAGCACACUCCGGAGCGUAAGUGUAUCCUCUCGGAAUAAUCGCCGAGUUGCGCGUGCGUUUCUCGACAAUGACGAAUUCCAAAAUAAUCGGAAAUGUGCUUGCAGGAGACAAUCGGUAGGCAAACUGGAGGCGGCACAGAUUUCUACGUUUAACCGUGCCUGUUUCACUUGGAAACAUUAUUGCACUCGCCGGAAAAGCAUUACGCUUCUCGAACCGAGAUUAACUUCUGAAAAUAGAGAGAGAGAGAGAGGUAUCGAUAUAUCGAUAUAUAUAAGGUAUCUUUAUAUAGAAAUACUGAUGGAGGGUAUACUCUCAUAGGGCGAAGGGCGAUAACGGGCCAUAGGGCCGUCUGUUGGAUCUAGAAAUAAGUAUAGAUAACUGUUGCAGGGGACUCAAGCAGCGUUAAAUCCUCACGACGAAUAAAAAAUCAUCGAAUGAAAAAAUCACUUCGCAACGUUGAUCUUUAAAUGAAAACACGAAACGCAAUCCACAUACUCACAAAAAUAAGUUGAAUGCGAUAAUACAGUAAUAAAAAGAACAACAUUGCAAAUUCUGACGUUGCUUGGUAAUAAUUUCCCAUGUAAUCUGACCACUCUUAUCGCUUUCGAUUUUUUGUUAACCGCUGCGAUCUUCCCGUCGCAGUGGCAGAUUGUUACUCCGAUCGAGCAAUCUCGCGAGGAAAGAUCGAUCCCGCGGCCAGACAAUCCGCGAGCAACGAUCCAACGCGCGGCUUCGGCGGAAGGCAGAAGAAUUCACCUUCCGCGCCUUCCUGCAUCAUCUCGCAUCGGUCCAGCGCUUUCGUCAUCCCGAUGACGAUGACGGGGAACGACGGAGGACCACGACGGCAAGGAGAUCCGGUGGGUAGUGGACCAAAGCCGAUCGUCUCUCGCACGGCGCUCGGUCGUGACGUCGCUCACGCUCUUCGAGUGGCGGUUCGAACCGAAUUGUGAUACCGAGAGACUUAGUUUAGCUUGCGUUUACCUCCCGUCUCCGCGGGUCAGUUAGGCUCGCGCUUCCGAGCCGCCAGCACCGGCUGUGUUCUCUUCCUCCCUCCUGUGAUCUUAGCUCGAUCGCGAGCGAUCCUACGACCGAUCCGAUCCGAUCCGACGUCGGCCGCCGAGCCCUUUCGCGAUCGCCCUCACCGCCCUUGAUCCUUCACAGUGCGAUCCCCCUGGGCUGCACGUGGCAUAUGCGAACCGAUCGCUGUCGAAGGAGAUAGUCCUCGAUCUGGACCAGACUGAGUCUCGCCGCUCUCCGAGAUGUGGAUCGCACACUGCCAGAGCUUAGUGUUCAUCGCCUUUGUGUUCUUGCCCUCCGUUGCAAGAGGCAUCCCGGAUUACUCUGGACUGCCACCGGGACCGUACUGCGCCUCGAGGUAUCCCGGGGGUAGUUGCUGCCCAGGACGACAGGAUGAGUGCAGCGCGCCGAUUCUCCAGACCUUGUGCUACUGCGACGAUUUCUGCGACCGGGCCCGUGAGGAGGACUGCUGCCCUGAUUACUGGUUCCAUUGCAGAAACAUCACGCCGAACGUCACGUCGCCGCCCGAAGAAAUAAGAAGAUGCUUCUUCCAGGGAAAAGAGUACAACCAUGGACAAACAUUGAGAGUGAAUUGUAACACAUGUAAAUGCUCGUCGCUCGGCAAACGCGCUGAGGUGUUGUGCGAAGAGAACCGAUGCUUGAUCGAGCCGGAAUUGAUGGAAGAGCUGAAUCUUCAACAAUCCACCCUGGGAUGGCAAGCCGGCAAUUAUUCCGAAUUCUGGGGCAGGACACUCCGGGAUGGCAUAGAACUUCGUCUGGGUACUCUCAAUCCCUCGCAAUCCGUGUAUAAAAUGAAUCCGGUGCGUCGUAUCUACGACCCGGACGCGUUGCCGCGGGAAUUCGACUCUAGAUCACGUUGGCCCCGCGACAUAUCCGACAUUCAUGAUCAAGGAUGGUGCGGCGCGUCCUGGGCCGUGUCCACGGCCGACGUCGCGUCCGACAGGUUCGCGAUCAUGAGCAAAGGUGCAGAGGACGUGGAGUUGAGUGCACAGCAUCUGCUCUCUUGCAACAACAGAGGACAACAGGGCUGCAGAGGCGGGUACCUGGACCGCGCCUGGCUCUUUAUGAGGAAAUUUGGACUGGUGGACAAGGAGUGCUAUCCUUGGACCGGCAAGAACGCUCAAUGCAAACUACGUAAGAGAAACAACCUGAUAGCCGCCGGAUGCCGAAACCCACCAAACCCACUGAGGACGGAGCUGUACAAGGUCGGGCCGGCCUAUCGUCUAGGCAACGAGACUGACAUUAUGCAGGAAAUCCUGACCUCUGGACCCGUGCAAGCCACCAUGAAAGUCUACCAGGAUUUCUUCGUGUAUAAAGAUGGAGUGUACAGGCGCUCUCGCAGCGCGAUGCCGCAGGAUUACGGGUAUCACUCGGUGAGAAUAAUCGGCUGGGGCGAGGAACCCUCUUAUCGCGGUCCGCCGCUCAAGUAUUGGCUGGUCGCCAACUCCUGGGGGUACAACUGGGGAGAAAGCGGACUUUUCAAGAUCCAGAGGGGUACGAACGAGUGCGAGAUCGAGUCGUACGUGCUGGCGGUGUGGGCGAAGACAGUGUAAAGAGGAAGAUAUACCAAAGUACUAGAAUAUCCGAUCGUCAUAAUCAUUGUCGGUGCAUUUAUCGAAUCUCCGUCGUGGUGUCCAUCGUCGUGCGUAACGAUGCGAGUCGCAUCAAUGUUCGAAAAAGAAAUAUGUGAUCCACACAGUGCCUUCGUACACACCUUAUUACAUGUAGGCUCGGGAGGGAGGGUGGGCGGGUAGAAACGGGGACAGAAUCGUUUAUAGAGAUAUUUAAUGUAGGUACGAGCACAGUCGAAAAGAAGUGUCUUCGUUAUUUUCUCAUUAUUCGUAGGCAGCAAUAAUAAUAUUAUUCUGCAUAGAAACUUCGUCUCGUCUCGUGAUGCGAGUGUUCAGAGCCGAUUUUUCAUUGUAUCGUACGCAGGUAUCGUACCUCACACGUAGCGUCGUGUGUGGAUGACUUCGACGUGUAAUAAAUACUAAGUGCCAAGAGCUUGAAAUAAAUUUUGUAAGUACA